AUGUUUGCCAACGCGCUACUCAGAACUUGGGUUUUCCCGGUGUUAAUUGUACCACGCGUCGUCGUCGGCACCGUUCCGACGGACUGCGUCACCAUCAAAAGCCACGCGACCGGAUCGUACCUCGAGUUGGACGACAGCUUCGAUGACCUUCGUACGCACGUAACCCUCGGUGGGGCGCUGGACCUGUGGAACGUUCUACCGGACGGGGAUGGCGAAGGAGGGUGGUUCCGGAUUCAGCACCUGGAACCGUACCAGGAUCUGUACGCGGCCAGCGAGCAGUACGAGUACAGUGAGGACUUGAGGCAGGUGUUUACCUGGGCAAAUGGAGCCACCGUUCGGCAGGGUCAUUGGGACAUUACGGAGUUGGAUGGUGAAAAGGUUGGAAAUGGACCGAAGAGGUUUCUCAUCCGGAACACGUACUACAACGAGUACCUGUGUGCGGCGCACGAGCGAGUUUUUACCUGGAGGACGCAUGCCGACAUCGAAGACAGCUCAUUUAUGUGGACAAUUCAAAGCUGUGACCAGGAAACGUUUCCUUAA